AUGGAAGAAGAUCCAAAUCUGACAUUGGUAUGUGGAUAUAACGAAUUUGAUCCAUUCAUCAAAUUUGGAAGAGAUAAUUUACUCUUUGUCAAGAGAGAAUACCUAGAUAAAGGGUUCUUGCAGGCUUUGUUCAACAUUGAAAAUCAUCCCUUUGCGGAAGAUUUCUUUUUGUUCUUCGACACAAACAGAGAUGGAUUGAUAGACUUUUAUGAGGUAGUAAUGGGACUAGACUCAGUAGAGAAAGGGGAUUUCGAAUAGAAAUGCAAAUUUUGCUUUGCAAUGUAUGACAUUCUAGAGAAUGGUGUAUUGGACAUCUUCACCUUAAGGGAAGUGCUUAAGAAAUCUUAUGUGAAUUAGAUUAUUCAACUAGAAUCGGCAAUAUCAAAACUGUCAACUCAUAAGACGAUAAAUCAUGAUGGUUGGACAUUUGAUGAAUUUGAGUAGGAAGUAUUUCCAUUUCUGGAAAAAUCAUUAUCUCUGGCAUUAGAUAGAAUGGAAUUCCACAAGCAACUCAUAAAUGAACUGGAAUUCAGAUUUAAUUUCACUUUGGAGUCCUUGGAGCAUCUGUGGAAUAUGUAUAGAUCAACAAUAGAUAAAAAUGUUUCUGAAAACAGACUUAAAACAGCUGUUGCAUUUGCUGCUCAUUCUCCUGAGUUAGUUACGAAAGAAUAGUUCAAGCUUAUUAUGCUUGAUGUGUUCAAAGUUAAAGAUGCUCACUUAGUUAAUAAUAUUUUCGUGAUUGCAGACACAGAUGGUAAUGGAGCUCUUGAUAUUAGAGAGUUGAUUGGAAAUAUGGUAUUUUGGCUGAGAGGUACUCUGGGAUAUAAAUUUGCAUUAUUCUUCGAAGUAUUUGUAUCUGUUAAUGGAGGUGUUUUCGUUUCGAAAGAAAAUCUGAUCAAAGUUAUAGGAGAUGCGCUCAAAGUAUUCAAAGAAAGUUUUUUCUUGGCUAAAUCGACUGCUGAUAGAAUGAACACAACUUUGAAUGGUUUAAUUACUUAUGAAGAAUUCAACAAUUAUUGCAAGUCUAAUCCUCAAGCUAUUGAUUUUCUUUGCAGAUUAACAAUCGGGCCAUAUCCUUUAAGUGAUGAGCUUUCGCAAAGAAUGAUCGAAUUUUAAAAGGCCAAAAUGAUUGAAUACUAUCCUUAACUACAGCUGCAAUAAGAUCCAAAUUAGCAAGCUAUAAUUGAUAAUUAGAGAACUGCUAGUAGACAAAAUCUUAGCAAAUCAUUUAUAGAAAGCAGUAGCAACAAUAAUUUAAACAGUAACUAAUAAUAGUUUAUGACUCCUAAUAAAAAGCUAUUGCCCUUAAUGCCUCCACCUCAAUAUUCUGGCAAUAACUAUUAAAUUGUUCCUUUAGAAGAUAAUAAAAAGAAUAGACUUAAUAGUCAGCAAGGGCGGUUGAAUUUCGCAGGCAUGGGCUAAUAGUAAAUGUUCAAUCACAUUAGAAGUAAUGCUGCUGAAUUGAGUAGAAUCGGACAAACUCCUGUGAAUCCAAAUAAAAGAUGGAUUGUGCGUGAUUGA